GUCAUUUUGUGCGGAGUGUGGAACCAGAUAAAUGAAAUGCCCUUUCCUCUUCUUUUGAAAUCCAAGGCGGGAGGGAGAUAACGGGGCGUCCAUGGCAGAAACCCUAACAUCGUCCCAGUCUGCUACGGAAUCGAUCCACUUGGAAAGCAUUCGCAGUCGCUUGAAGGUUCUCUCUGAGACGCGAGACAACCUCUUGAACUCUUCUGAUGCCUCAUCGGAGGAUUCGAAGAUGUUAGAGGGUUGCAUUUUCAAUUUUGAGGAAAAGCUUAAGCUGCUCGAUGGGCAGGAACAAGAUGUUGCAUCUCUGAGCCUUGAAGAAUUAGAUGCAUAUGUGGAUAAAUUGAAAAAGGCGAUCUGCUCAGCGGAAGAAGAGAACUCGAAAGUUUCCAGUGAAAUUGAGGCACUCACAAAAAUGUUUGUUGAAGUCUCUGUUCAAUUGGAUGGUGAAAUUGAAGCAUUGAGUUACUCAAUGAACUUCAUUGAUGCAAAGGGCUUAAAUUCCUUGAGUUCAAUUCAUGCUGAUGAUGGGGUACUCAAUGGAGUGAUGCAUGAAAGCCCAUUGCACUUGUUUAACGCGUACAAAUUUGAGAUUUUUGAACUUAAUCAGCGGAUUAAGGAGAGUGAAGAGAACCUAAUCCUUUUGCAGGAUAUCGAUUAUGCUUUGAAAAGGUUUGAAGCAGAUGGACAACUUGAAGCUAUGUUUUCUGGAUUAAGAGUUAUUGAUAUACAAGGAUGUUAUGUUAGGUUGUCACUAAAGACAUAUAUUCCGAACAUAGACACCAUUCUUCUUAGGCAUAAAGUGGAUUUUGUGGAGCCACCUAUGUCUGAACACGAGAUGCUAGUAGAAUUUUCUGAGAGGAAUAUGGAUAUAAAGAGCAUUGAGGUAGAUUUGUUAUUACAAGUGAAUUUACUUUUAUAA